AUGGCGCCUACCGCUUUGAAAAGGCUCAUUACGGUGCAGUACACGCGAUUAGCAGAAAUCGAGUUGUCGAGCUCUCGAUUAAGAGACAAAGGUCGCAGCACUUUUAAUCGAAAUAUUAUAGCUUCGCGAAUCGAGUCCCUACAGGAAAUCUGGAAGGAUGUGCGUAGCGCGCAUGCUGAUAUUUCAAUUCGUGAUGAGGCGGAGGGCGACGCGUAUCUUACGGAUAAUGUGAUUGGCCGCUUGCAAUCGACAUACGAAGAUACGCUUGAUUUUUUGUUGACUGUACAAGCGGAAUUGGAGGCUGCAGAGCAGCCUACCUUGCCGACCGGGCCACCGAACGCUAGCUCUUCUUUAACACUCGAGCACCGCGCGGCUAAACUUCCCAAAUUAGAUUUGCCCACGUUUUCCGGUCAAUACGAGGACUGGGAAAAUUUCUGUGAUUUGUUCACUAGCUUAGUACACAAUGCACCCGGCUUGGCUGAUGCAAGCAGGUUGCAAUAUUUAAAAACUUGUUUAAAGGGGGCGGCUGCGGAUCUCGUUAAAGAUGUGACGACUACGAACGCGAAUUAUUCGGCGACGUGGCAAGCUUUGAAGGCGCGUUUUCACAAUCCGCGUUUGAUUGUGUACAAACAUUUAAGGGCACUUUUGGAUAUGCCAUAUUUGAAAAAAGAAUCCGCAACAGAGUUGCGUUCAUUUGCUGACGAAGCUCAGCGUAUAGUACGGGCGUUAACAAAUUUGCAAAUGCCAGUAGGGCAUUGGGAUAUUUGGUUUGUUUAUAUCCUAGCGGCUCGUCUGGACUCCGAUUCUCAAAAAGCGUGGGAGACGGAAUUAAGUGUUAGGGAUCGUCGUAUGGUUUUAGAUAGCGUCGCGGAAUUGGGGGACGUAAACCCUUUAGAUCGAUUUCCGAAAUUCGCGGAUUUAUCCGAGUUUUUAGAAAAACGCGUUCAGGCGCUCAGUAUGGUCGCUUCAAAUAGUAUUAAACCGGAAAAAGGGCCUUCAGCUAUACCUAAGACUGUACUGGGCUCGCGACGGGUAUUCCAUGCUGUUUCGUCUCAACCUUUAGUUGAUGGGAAACCGAAGUGUCCCUUGUGUACUGGCGCGCACUGGUUAGCCAAGUGCUAUAAAUUCCAGGCCAAGAGACCUUUCGACCGCCGUAGAGAGGUACGCCGGUUACAACUCUGUUACAAUUGUUUUGGCCGUCAUAGGGUGUCCGACUGUCGUUCGUCUUUCCGUUGCACGCAAUGCAAGGAAAGGCACCAUAGUAUGAUUCAUUUGGUACAGGCCAGCGGUUCUCAGUCAAAGGAAAAAGAUUCGUUUGAGUCACAGGGUUCAAACGACGGGAAACCCUCUACGUCCUCGGGUGUUAAUGUGCACACUGCACGUGUUCUUUCGCGUAGGUAUACGGUGCUGUUAGCAACUGCUCAGUUAACGUUGGAAGGGCCACACGGGGCGCGGACCCGUGUGCGGGCUUUGCUAGAUCAGGGAUCUCAAAGUUCGUUUAUAUCCGAAUCAGUUGCUAACCUUCUAGGUUUACGAAAGCGUCGCGUUGAUGUUCCGUUAAUGGGUCUCGGUGCGAAGUCUGCCGGCACUGCCUGUCUGGCUACGAGUUUUAAAAUAUGUUCGUUAGUUGACCUGUUGUUUCAACUCGAAACGGAAGCGUUGAUCCUGCCGAAACUCACGUCGCAGCUUCCGGCUCGACACAUCAUGGAGUUGGAUCUCGGAUCGUUCGCGGGGUUGUCUUUGGCGGACCCACAAUUUUAUAUUCCGGGAUCGGUCGACGUUAUUUUUGGUGCAGACAUUUAUGGUCAAUUGUUGCGUUCGGGACUGCGUAGUUUUCCUCCCUCGUCCCUGAUUGCGCAGGAGACGGUCCUUGGUUGGAUUGUCUCCGGCCCUGUACGUUCGGACGGUUCACGGCGGGCGGUCCACCAUUUAGCCGCGCCACUUCACAUGUUGCAUUGUACCGCGGAGCAUGACCUAGACGAGUCGCUACAGCGGUUUUGGAACCUCGAAGAUUUACCAGCGGCCACGUCGCUGAAACCAUUAGACGAAGCGUGCGAAAGAUUGUUUCGAGAGUCACACGGUCGUAAUGCAGACGGUCGGUUUAUUGUACGUCUUCCGUUAAAAUCUGAACCGCCAGCGGUUGGUCCGGAAACCAGACGUAUGGCUAUCGGCUCUCUUGCGCAUAUGUAUCGCCGGUUUGAUCGCGAUUCUAGACUUGCAUCGGCAUACCGCGAAUUUAUGUCCGUUUAUGAAAGUUUAGGACAUAUGGAGCGUGUUCCCGCGUCGGAGCUUGUUAAUUCGCGUGCAUGGUACCUUCCACAUCAUGCGGUCGUGCAAUCGACGCCGUCAAAGUGGAAGAUUAGAGUAGUUUUUGAUGCGUCGCGAAAGACUCGCGAAGGUCAAUGUUUAAAUGAUUUUCUUUUGCCGGGACCUGCUCUUCAGCGUGAUCUCUCGUUGAUCUUAUUAAAUUGGCGACGGUAUCGUUUUGUGUUUACGGCGGACGUUGUUAAAAUGUUUAGGCAAAUUUGCGUCGCGCGCGUUGAUCAAGAUUUGCAAAGGAUAGUAUGGGCUCCUAGCUCGUCGGAGACGCCGGUGGAAUACCGGUUGACAACCGUGACUUAUGGGACGGCGUGUGCUCCCUAUCUCGCGAUUCGUACGCUUCUACAAUUAGCGGAGGAUGAAAAAUCGCGCUUCCCUCUCGGUGCCCAGUGUUUAAUAUACAACACGUAUGUGGACGAUACGUUUUCGGGCGCGGACGAGCUCGCCGUCGCGGUGCGCACCCGACGGGAGCUCAUUGACCUUUUAAAAUCGGCGGGCGUUGAGUUAGAUAAAUGGGCCGCGAAUCAUGCUGAUUUGCUGCCGGGCAAUACACAGCAAUCUGGGACGGAAGACUCAAAAUCAAUAGGUAUCGAUGAGUCUGUCAAAACUUUAGGGGUUCAGUGGAAUCCAGAUCGGGAUGAAUUUCGUUUCACUACGUUAGAUUUUAAAGGCUUAACCGGAGCAGUGACCAAGCGGUCUGUUCUCUCUAAUAUUGCGCGCUUGUUUGAUCCGCUGGGGUGGUUGGCUCCGAUUACGAUAACCGCCAAGAUUUUGAUGCAGGAUCUUUGGAUUCUAAAGAUUGGAUGGGACUCUGUUCUACCACUAGAUGUGCAGGAUAGAUGGCGUGAUUAUUGUAGCUCCCUUUCAAUUUUGCCUGCCUUGUCAAUUAGUCGAUGGUUGGGAGCCUCUUGCGACUCGGGUUCGCAGAUUCAUGGGUUCUCAGACGCCUCAUCUCGUGCUUAUGCUGCAGCAAUUUAUAUUAGAAUUCAUGAGGGAAAUGGUCGGUUUCGAGUUUCUCUGCUAUCCGCGAAAAGUAAAGUUGCUCCUGUGAAAACAGUGAGCAUUCCUAAUUUAGAGUUGUGUGGGGCCGUAUUACUUGUCAAGCUUCUUUGCCAUGUUCGUAAACUAGAUUUUUUACAGAAUUUGCCUGUUUUUACUUGGUCUGACAGUCAAAUUGUUUUGACUUGGCUUCGCAAACAUCCAUGCCAUUGGAAAACUUUUGUGGCGAACCGUGUAUCGUUCAUCCAGACAGAGUUGCCGGGUGCUAUAUGGGCGCAUGUGCCCACAAAUGAGAAUCCCGCAGAUUUGGCUACACGUGGUAGUAAGCCUGUAGACUUGAUACAUGCAAACCUGUGGUGGCAUGGGCCUGAUUGGCUUGCGAUGCCCGAGGAGCACUGGCCGAAAGCGCCGCUAGCUCCGCAGGUCUUGCAUGUUGAAGCGACUCCGAGUGAUCCGGAGAUUUUGUGUAGAUUUUCUACGUUGACUCGGUUAACUCGUGUUGUGGCUUUUUGUUUACGUCCAUUGGUUAGUUUGCGAAGGCGCAAGGACAAUCUUUCUAAAUUACCUGAUUUUUUGACCACAUCAGAAUUGUCUGCAGCACGAAUUGCAAUAGUUAAGUUGGCACAGGCGCAUGCUUUUGAUUCAGAAAUUAAAUUGUUACAGAUGGGGAAAAGUUUACCGAAGCGUAACCCUUUGCUUAGUUUAAAUCCGUUUGUGGACAAGAUGGACGGUGUUCUGCGCGUUGGGGGUCGUCUAGUAAAUUCGAGUUUGUCUCACGAUCGCAAGCAUCCACCUAUUUUACCGCGUCGUUCUCCACUUAGUCGUUUGUUUGUUCGGCACGCGCAUCGUUCCUGUCUUCACGGUGGACCUACACUCACGAUGAAUACGGUUUUACAAUAUGCAUGGAUUCUCGGUAGGACCCGUCUGGUCAAAACGGAGAUUCGACAAUGUGUCACUUGUCAACGCGUCAAGCCACGUUUGGCCUGGCAAAUGAUGGGCAAUCUGCCUGCCACGCGGAUUACACCAGCUCGACCGUUUUCUUCCGCCGGUUUAGAUUAUGCUGGACCUUUUCAGGUUCGCACUGCUAAGGGUCGGGGUUAUAAAUGUUAUAAGGGUUAUAUUGCACUUUUUGUUUGUUUCACGACACGAGCAAUCCACCUUGAAGUAGUGAGCGAUCUCACGACUCGGAUGUUUCUUGCCGCGUAUCGGCGUUUCGCAGGACGUCGAGGGGUCUGCCGGAACCUUUAUAGUGAUAAUGCUACCACGUUCCAAGCCGCGGAUAAAGAGUUGCGGGCCAUGUUUAUAGCGGCUUCGGAUUUUUAUAAGAGUGUAGCCGCCACUCUCGCGAAUGACGGAACGACUUGGACGUUCAUCCCUCCGAAUUCUCCCCACUACGGAGGUUUAUGGGAAGCGGGGGUAAAAUCGGUUAAACAUCACUUGAAACGGGCGAUCGGUGAUCGACCUUUAACCUUUGAGGAGUUUUCAACUGUUUUAGUAGAAAUUGAGGCGUGCCUCAAUUCGCGGCCUCUUUGCCCUUUGAACGCGGAUAUUGAAGAUCUGCAGGCUUUGACACCUGCGCAUUUUCUCGGUGUAGCUUCAGGGUUAGUUCCAGACGAAUCACCCCCCGACGUGUCAGAGAAUCGUCUUGAACGGUUUCAAUUGCUUCAAUCGAUUAGAAACAAUUUUUGGAAGAAAUGGUCGGAGGAAUACCUGCAGCAUCUGCAAGAGCGUUCAAAAUGGCGAGGACCAACGGAAAAUUUCGCGGUCGGUCAACUGGUUCUCGUGCGGGACGACCGGUAUCCUCCUUCGAAAUGGCCUCUCGGGCGCGUUACUGAAGUCCACCUUGGACCGGAUGGUUUAGUGAGAGUAGUCACGGUACGAACGGCUACUUCUUGUUUAAAGCGGCAUGUUGCGCGAUUAUGCCCGUUAUGGUUAGAGCGGAGUCCAUCCAAGCCUGCGGCGGAUAAUACUAUAAUUUGA